AUGCGCGGUGAUUGCAUAGGUGCUGACGGCAACACCUGUAUCGAAACACCGAAUCUCGAUUACCUCGCCGCCCGCGGCACCCGGUUUCGACACGCUUAUACCGCCUCCCCCUCCUGCAUUCCGGCGCGGGCAACGCUUAUGACGGGGAUGAACCAAUGGCAUACCGGUAUCCUCGGUAUGGGUAGAGGACAGGGACCGAUUCCUAAUGAUUUCCCACACACAUUGGCGGGCGAAUUGACCCACGUCGGAUACCGUACCCAUCUCGUCGGAAAAGGGCAUUUCACGCCGCAACGCGCCAAGAUGGGUUUUGAAAGCCAAGAGUUUGACGAAUCCGGGCGGAUGUUGCGCCACGGUCUGAAGGACGAAUACCGCACAUGGUUCGAGGCAGAAAAACGGCGAGACAUCACGCCCGAUGACCACGGUGUCGAUUGGAACUCUUGGGUUUCACGUCCUUGGCAUACCGAAGAGUAUCUGCAUCCGACAUCAUGGACAAUGAACAGUGCGAUUCAUUUCCUAUCCCAACGGGAUCGGGAACGUCCUUUUUUCCUCAACAUCUCCUUCGCUCGACCACAUUCUCCCUUCGUACCUCCCGCACCCUAUUUUGAGAUGUAUCAUAACGGCACGACCCCACCCCCGUCUGUCGGCGAUUGGGCAACCUGUCACGACAGACCAGAAGUCGCGGUUGACCCCAACGCAUGGCGCGGAAAACAUUCGGACAGACGAAUUCAUCGCGCCCGGUCUGGCUACUAUGGUGAAAUCUCCUUUAUCGAUACCCAGAUUGGUCGGUUGAUGAACUGGUUUCGGCGGCAUCAACAGGACACUUUUGCGGAUACAUGGUUUAUCUUUACCUCCGACCAUGGCGAAAUGCUUGGCGACCAUAACCUAUGGCGCAAAACCUACGCCUACGAAGGCAGUGCUCGCAUUCCCUUCAUCGUCACCCCGCCGACGCGCGGUUCCACAGCCUCCCGUAAAGUAGCCGAUGAGGAGAUGCAGUACGUUACCGACGGAAAACGGAAGCUGAUCUGGUUGCCGCGCAUUGAUGAACUACAGUUUUUUAAUCUUGAAGAAGAUCCAGGAGAGUGUCAUAACCGGAUCAACCAUCCGGAAUAUCAGACUGAAGUCGCCAAGUGGAAAGGAUACUUGAUUGCAGAAUUGGCAACGAGAGAUUGCGGCUGGGUGGUAGAUGGGGAGUUAGUCUCCCCGCCGCCGGAAACUCCCCUAGUUUCGCCCUAUAAAAACGUCCGCUGGGAGGGGGAAGCGUGA